AUGCGGGCGCCGCUGGCGGCACCUGCGGCUCCUCUCGGCUGCGACGGUCGCCUAGGCGGCAGCAGCGCGGCAACAUUUUGCGGAUUGUUCUUGCUUCAAGGCUUUGCGCUGCAAAUCCAGUGUUACCAGUGUGAAGAAUUCCAGUUGAACAACGACUGCUCCUCCCCGGAAUUCAUCGUGAAUUGCACAGUGAAUGUUCAGGACAUGUGUCAGAAAGAAGUGAUGGAGCAAAGUGCGGGAAUCAUGUACCGCAAGUCCUGUGCAUCAUCGGCAGCCUGUCUCAUCGCCUCAGCUGGGUACCAGUCCUUCUGCUCCCCAGGGAAACUGAACUCGGUGUGCAUCAGCUGCUGUAACACCCCUCUGUGCAAUGGGCCCCGACCCAAGAAAAGGAGCAGCUCUGCCUCGGCCCCCCGGCCAGGCCUCCCCACCACCUUCCUGCUCCUCAAAUUAGCCCUCCUCUUGGCACACUGCUGAAUGCGAUGCCAGCCCCUCCUGCAUUAUUCUUCUCAU